AUGACAAGCGUACUGGGAAACAAACUUCGAAUUGGGCUAUGCCAGCUUUUUGUUACCUCGGAUAAGACGAGAAAUAUUAAAAAUGCAAUUGAAAAGAUCAGACAAGCAAAAGAUAUGGGUGCUGAAUUAGUAGUGUUACCAGAAUGUUUUAAUAGUCCUUAUGGCACCCAAUACUUUAAACAAUAUGCAGAGGAUCCAAAUCGUUCUGACACACUAAAUCAAAUGGCACAAGCAGCCAAAGAUCAUGGAGUGUAUCUUGUCUCAGGCUCCAUUCCUACCAUCGGAAAGAAUGACAAAUACUUUAAUUCAUGUUUCGUAUUUAACAAGGAAGGAGAGAGAAUUGGACGAUAUGAUAAAAUUCACUUAUUUGAGAUUGACACUCCCACCAUAAAGUUCAAGGAAUCCGAGAUAUUGUCACCUGGCUCAGAACUGUUUUCAUUUCAAAUACCAGAAAAGAGUGCAACGAUUGGAAUUGGAAUAUGUUUUGAUAUCAGAUUUCCUGAGUUGGCAUCAAUUUAUCAAAGUCAACAUCAAUGCAAUGUAUUGAUAUACCCAGGUGCUUUCAAUAUGACUACCGGCCCUUUACAUUGGCAACUGCUAGCAAGAGGAAGAGCCGUAGAUAAUCAACUCUUCACAGUGUUGUGCUCACCUGCGAGAGAUGAAACAGCGAGUUAUGUUGCAUAUGGAAAUUCAUUAAUUGUUGACCCAUUAGGAGAGGUGAUUCAACAACAUGACGAAAAAGAAAGUGUGAGCGUGACAGAAAUUGAUCUGUCCAAAGUUCACACAGUACGAAAUCAAAUACCAUCAUUGCACAACAAGAGACAUGAUUUGUAUGAGAUACAUUUGAAAAAAUAA